UUUGAUACCGCUGACGAUUGCUACAGUUUGAUCAACCUUCGGAAGUUGGCUGGUAGUGAAACCCAGUAGAUGUGGAUUUUUGUGUACAGCUCAUUACAAACAUGACCGACCUUAGCAUUUCAAAAUCAGUAACCGAAUAUGGUUGUACCAAAAGCGCAGACAAACUUCAUCAGUAUAUAUACGAUCAUUCACUGCGUCUGUCUGAAGCACAAAAGUGGUUAUUACAAGUAAUCAUCAUGACUAUUGUCCUCCAUAAGUGUAUUGUAGGAGACCAGUAAACAUCCACUGUCAUUUAUGCUUAUCUCCAGCAUAGAAAUGCAACUUCUAUCGAAUUUGUGUUAUGCGAUAAAUGCUAGAAGGACACUUGCUAUUGGAACUUAUACUGGAUAUAGUGCAUUGUCUAUCGCGGAAGUAUUGCCAUCAGAUGGACGUUUAGUAGCCGUGGAUAAAACGGAUGAAUAUUUGAAAGACUAUUGUUUGCCAGCAUGGAAGAAGGCAGGUGUAGAAUCGAAAAUUGACUUCCGACACGGUUCAGAUGUUCAAAUACUACAAAAUUUGAUUGACAAUGGAGAGAGUGAAACAUUCGAUUUUGCUCUGAUCGAUGGUGAAAAAGAAAACUAUAGUAAAUAUUACGAAUUAUGUUUAAAACUAGUUCGACCUCGUGGAAUCAUCGCCAUUGAUAAUGUUCUAUGGAGUCAGUUUGUGCUCGACGAGAAUGAUAACAGUCCUGCAACUAUCGGUAUAAGAGAAAUGAAUGCAUUGAUAGCUAGAGAUAACUCUGUUCGAAUUUCUCUCUUAAGAACUGGAGAUGGAUUGACAAUUGUUGUGAAGAAUUGAUUCAUGUUAUGACUGUUUUCAGAAUGGUUACAUCCAUACAGACACACAUAUAUUUGAUUGAUAAACCCAAUUGCUUUGAUUGCUAUCACACAUAAAUAAAUAUUCCCCAUUACUAUAUUGUCAUUUUCUAUCAUCACUGCAUAUGUAUAUUGUUGUAAUAAAACAUUUCAA